AUGUGGGGCGGGCGUGGGUCGGUGGCUGGCCAUGUGGCCGCGCUCUCGGGCGGGCGGGCGGUGCUGGCGCCGAAGCCGGCAGUCUUUGGGCCGUAUCCGAUUCCGUACAACACGAAAGGCCGCUGCGAUCCGGACGGGUGGGCGCGCGCCGCCGAUGCCGCGGCCACUAACGCAGGUGUCAAUCUUGCAGCGUACUCGCACCUGGCAUAUCUUCUCCCGCAUGGCGACGACAUCGUCGGCGCGUGCGGGUGGGACGGCCUUGGCAACGUUGGGUGCGACGCCGUUGACGUCCUCCUCCAUGAGCUUGGACACAACAUGGGGCUCCAGCACGCGGCGCUCCAACCCAACAUGGAUGGCGCGCCGGCCGACUACGGCGACGCUACCGCCAUUAUGGGCAACCACGACGGCGGGUACUCGCCCGGCCUCCCAUUGCACUUUAACGCGCCGCACCUUGACGAACUCGGAUGGCUCGAUGCUGCAAGACUGGUGCCCAAGCCGAGUAUGCCCACCGCAAGCGGCCUCGUUCACCCACUGGAAGGUGUGCCGACCGGCGCCGGGCCAUUCGCAGUGGUGGUUCUCGAUCCACUCGCGUCGUUCAUUACCUACUACGUCUCGUUUCUUGGUGAUGGCUUUGUCAGUCCCACCUUUGAGGCGGCGGUGGCCAUCCACUACGCCGAUCGACGCUCGACCAUGUCAUACCUGGUGGCACUGCUUCCUCUUCGCAAGCCUGUCAACUCGUGGGCGGUUCCGACGGGUUCGCUCUCGUUCCGUUGGCACCCCGACGUAGUCCGCGGCGCGCUGCGGGUCAGUGUUGAGCUUGGCUGCAUUCGGUACCCACCGAGGCUGAGUGCGAUGGGCGAGGGAUUGCUCGCGCUGUCAAACAUGGACUCUGCUGCGUGUCCGCCGACGGCCUUUGAGUUGUCGGACGCAGACAAGCAGUUCGCGUGGGCCGGCGCGGCGUCGACGUGUACCUCGCCAGUUGUGCAAGAAGGAUUUGCGGGCGGUGCUGUUGCCCGCGAUGUCGGCGUGUCUGACGUUCUUGCGCCAGUCCACGAUGACACAAGAGUGGACAACAUGGGGUGCGGGACUAUCACCGGUGCGCUUUCCAGUUAUGCAGCGGUCGUUGUUCACCCUGCAUCUCCAGGCAAUGGCAGCAUUCCGCUGGCAUGGCUGGACGAGCAGCUGGACGCCGAUGCUGGAGAGCUGGUUCUCGACCUGGUACCAAAUGCAGCUGGUCAGGAAGUGGCGCAAUGUCUGGGCGGAGCUGUGAGCGUUGACGCUCGUCUGGCGGACGAUGCCUCGUCGCCGCUGUUCUCCAAUUCACCGAACUCACCUGCUCGCGGCCUGCUAGGGUCGAGAAUGCGGAUUGCAGUCAGGGUGGCGCGGGUCUCGCGGCGGAGUAUACUCGGGCGCGGGCCGUCGUUGGACUCGCGAUGGGGACUUGUCGUGAUUGAGCUGGCCUGCAAUGGAAGUCGGCACGAAGUGAGCGUGACUGUCGACGUCCCAUGCACCGAGGAGCUCCUUCUCCGCGAGCAGCAGCCACUGUUGGCGGUGGAAGUCGAGCAUGGCAACAUGACCACGAGCGUGGUUACGGCUCAGGAGGCUGUGACGACGAGCUUUGCGGUUGUUGCGGAAGGCAUUGGGGCUUGUGCCGCGAUGCAGAUCGAGGUCGAGGUGGACAAGACAGCAUCGCCGGCGACCACGCAUGUCCAGCUCUGGCCGCUGGCGGCGGAGAAACGCGUCGUUGACGGGCACUCGAGUGUUCGUGGGGCGCUGAGUGUGUAUGUGGGCCCGCGCGGCCCAUCAGGCCCCGGACGUGGGCAGGCGCGGCUGAAAGUCCGUGGUUUUCGCAUGUUUGUGUGCGACAUUGUGCUGCGGUCCAGCUCAAGCUGGUCGUGUCCGCCCAGCAAGGUCGAGCUGGAGCUAGUGCCUGUAGUUGUGGACCAUCCUGCGCGCGCCGUGACAAACAUCGAGCUGUUGCCGAAUCAGGCGUUGAUUGCGGCUGAUGCGUUCCGCUCUUGGACUACGUCUGCGAUUGUCCGGGUUGAUAGUGAUGCGCUAGCUGCGCUUCCGGCAGGGAAUGUGGCGACUUGGGGUGGUUAUGAGUUUGCCAUUGUGGCAAAGGAGGUCGCCAGCGACAUACCCCGGGCUCCGCUUGCACAUAGUUUGCUUGUGGAGCCGCGAGUGUGCGUGCCGGUCCAGCUCUCGAUGUGUUUGGUGCCCGGCUGGCCCGAGGUGGCGGCCGGGCAAGCACCGGCUGGCUGCCGAUCCGAUGUGGUGAUGGCGGCUGGCUCGGGCGCGCCAGGCUCGGUGCUGAAGUAUACUGCGUAUGUUCGGAGCAACGACCCGAAGCCUUGUCCGUACUGGACGCAGGCUGCCGUGGUCUCGGGGAGCGACGGGCAACCGGUGUCAGUCUCCCCAACCUGGGCUUGGGCCGGGCGCGGCGGGUGGUCACUGCCGUUCCGGAUCAGCUAUCUUGUGCCGAACGAGGGUGGCGUGCAAGGGCUGCACAACGCGAGCGUGGUGGCACGUGACGUAGGCAACCGAGGCCUUGUCGAGUAUGCUGUGCACGAGUCUAAUGCGACGGUGAUGGCGUGGGGAGGAGGCGACGGCUGCAUCUACCGCAAGCUCAACAUGAGCAUCGCGUCUGUGGUCUCGACAAGUAGGCCAACUGUUGCAGCGGACAUUGAGCAAGGGUCAGACGGGGCAGUUGCGACCGUGGUUAUUGGGCCGUGGGGACACGUCCCUGAAGAUCCAGGAUCUGUGGCGCGGCUGGUGUUUGACCUCGUGGUCAGCUCAAACGACUCUGUGGCAUGCAACGCGAGUGUAGUAAGCGUGCUUGGCAUCGGGCCGCUGCCGUCUGGGGUGCGGGUGGUGCGCGCGUUGCGGCUGGGUAUGCUCGCUGGUGGUGGACGGGUCAACGCGAGUGCCGAGCUUGAGAUCGACCUCAGCGCUGUGGUGCCAGGCAACACGACGAUGUCGUGGAAUGUGACUGGUGUGGCUGGAGUGUGGGCGCACACCGGUGGCGUCGAGGUGAGGGUAUCAGUGCGGUGCCCGAGGCCACCUGCGCCGCGGUGGGUAGCUGCAUCGGUGGAGCAGUCUGUGUGGAGCUUUGGUACGUCUGCUGGCAAGGUGCGGGUCUCGUGGGAGCCAUGCAUGCAGGCGAGGGCGUGCUGCGAGGCGUAUCCGAUGGAGGUGCUCCGUGACGGAGCUGUGGUAGGGCUGACCAGCAUGGGCGGCUUUGUGGACGAGUCCGGCUCGUUGCAGACCGGGCGCAAGUACUGGUACUCUGUUCGGCCUGCCGGAGGGAGGGACGGCAGCAGCGACAUGUGCGAAGUGGCGACCGAAGUUCACGUGGAGAAGGACUUGCGUUGGAUCGCGCUGCUCGUACUGCUGCUCGGGUUGGCUGGCUACGUUUUGGCGUCUCGGUGCGGCUCGCAAGCCGAGUCGAUGUGUCGUCGGCUGAGCAGAGCGUGCGGCAAGCGGCGCGGAUGGACACGGGUUGGGCACUCGGAGUCGCUGGCCAGUUCCGAGGGCGCAGUCGAAGUUUGGACCGGAAGCUUGUCAACGCGCGUCAGCGAAUCGAGCUCUGUUGGGUCGUGGUGAUUGGGUCGCGCUACAGCUCGCGGUCGGUGUGUAGCGGGGCUUGGUCCAGAGGCGAGAGA